CCCUCUGCAGCCGCACAGUCAGUCAGUCAGUCGCUGCCGUCCAGCCAGAGAGGUGGGGAGCAGAGCGGGCUAGUUGCUGUGCAGCAUGGCAGCAGCCUGAGGCCCUCUGGGCCCCUCGCCCCGGCCCCCUCAGCACCCAGAGGGAUCCCCUCCUCCCCAGCCCGAAGCUGGACCACGGGCCCCGGGAUAGCCUCCUCCUCGCCCCACCUUGGGACUCGCUGCUCCAGACGGGAGCCGGAGGCCAGCCGAGUCCAGAGGCAGAAGGUUUCCUCGGCCGAGGGCCCAGAGGAGGAGGAGGAGGAGGAGGAGGAGGAAGGAAGGAUGAGUGAGGAGCAGGACCUUUCCGAGGUAGAGCUGAGCCCCGUGGGCUCCGAAGACCCCCGGUGCCUGUCCCCCGGAGGCCCCUCCAUGGGGCCCGACGGCUCGGCCCUCCACGCCAGCCCCGGGCCCGGGGAGCUGGGCAAGGUCAAGAAGGAGCAGCAGGACUCGGAGGUGGACGACGACAAGUUUCCCGUGUGCAUCCGCGAGGCUGUCAGCCAGGUGCUCAGCGGCUACGACUGGACCCUGGUGCCCAUGCCCGUGCGGGUCAACGGCAGCAGCAAGAGCAAGCCUCACGUGAAGCGGCCCAUGAACGCCUUCAUGGUGUGGGCGCAGGCUGCCCGCAGGAAGCUGGCCGACCAGUACCCGCACCUCCACAACGCCGAGCUCAGCAAGACCCUGGGGAAGCUGUGGAGGUGA